UUCGCUGCCAUCGACGCCAAACUACAUUUGUCCUGGUUUUCAUCAAAGCAAUAAACUCUUGUUCUUGAGAUAAGACUUGACUUGACUUAUCUUGGAGAUCAGUCAGCAUCUGCUGGGUGGCCAUGUUUUGAUCCUGUGGGGUGAAACUACUUUGAUACUAGUCGAUUGGGCCCACGGCUCCAUGUGGAUGAAUCAUCAACAGGAUCUGAGCACACUCAAAUAUGGAUGCCAAAGCAUCGCUAAGCAGUAUUCAAAAAGCCGUCUGGGACGGCAAACUGCCGCUGCAUAUCAGCCUUGCUCCAUCAGAGAGCCGGACCUUCGACCAAACGGAUCCGUACCUUAUCUCAUAUCCACGCAUCUCCUACCUCCCAUCUCUCCUCCCCAGACUGCGGAACUUCUUCGCUUCCUCCCUGAUCCACCCAAACUCAAGUCCCCACGAAGGCUGGUUCUCCUUCGAGGGGGUCCCAUUGAAAUGGCACUACCCCAUUGGUCUUUUGUAUGAUCUCUAUGCGGGCGCAGACCCGGCCUCCAAGGGCGGCGCCGACACCGACCUCCUCUCCAGCGCAGACGAGGAUCCCCUCCCCUGGCGUCUGACUGUGCAUUUUAGCGACUGGCCGAACGAAGAGCUCGUCCGGCUCGACGCCGACGGAAUGGUCAUGCACGACGCGUUCAUUAAUAGCGUCAAGGAGGCAGAUUUCCUGCGCAACGGUACCGCCAAAGGGAUCAUGGCGCUCUCGAAGGAGGAUUCCGCGGGGCUAUGGACGGCCGUCCGAGAAGUGGACCUCGGCUCUUUCCAACGUAUAUGCAAUAUCCUUCUCCCACCACCCAACCAACCCUUCCGUAACGUCCCCAUCCGGUUCUUCCUUCCCUUGCCGCCAGACUCGGACUCCCCGUCUCUCAAGGUGGUUCAGUCACCGAUCCCGCCGGUCAUCCCGCCGUCGUCGGCGACCGCGUCGACGAUGAGUAUCGCGGCGAGUCAGUCGGUCAUGGCUGCUGCGAGGGGAGCACCACAGGUCCAAACCAUCGGGUCGGCGUUACAUGCGCUAUUGCCGAACUUGUUUCCGAGUCGGAGGACGCCCGUGCUGGCCAAGCCGGUAUUGCAUGGGGCGGCUGUGCCGAUGGGGGCGCCGGUGGAGGAGUUGGUGCGGUGUUCGGCCUAUGGAGAUGGGUGGGUUUAUGUUGUUAUUAGGAUGAUGGGGUAAGUUGGGGGUCAGCAAUGGGGUAGGUAUGUACGGUGUGACAGCAACCAGUAAGUAUAGAUAGGGCAUUUUAUUAAAUCGGUGAUUCUCCGUCUAUUCUUAAGUUUGACUUCGUUUCUUAGAGGAUUGACAAGUUGUGUGGUGUUUAUGUCUACUCCGGGUCCUAUUCUACUACUCAGUUCUGUUAAUCUUAAGCAUCAUUUUGUGGCGAUAAAUCUGCCCAGACACGGUAGUGAGCACAUCUUGUCUCGCACGAAGAACAAUCUGGACAGUCAUGCACACGAGAUUAUUCGUCUUCAGAGCAAAAGAUGUGGAUAUAGCCCCGAGAGUCACUGACUAUCCCCUUGAGGUAGUCUGACAUAGGACCGGACCUCAAAUCAUCAGUCGCUUCU